UCUGUAAUAGGACCCAAAGACGUGUUUCCCCUCCGGUUAGGUGCUGUCUGGGUGUGUCCGUCUCUAGGGGUGUUUUUGGCAUAAACAAGAAUGCGCUGUUAGUUUAACGCAACUGUUUUUUACAGUCGGUGUGUUCGGAUUCGUCUCCCUCGUUUAAGCAACCCUCCAAAUAAAUUUCAAGAUGACAUUUUUACUCAAAAAAAUGGUUAGUGGUCUUAUCGACUACGCCGUAAGUAAUAUUGAUUCCAGCCAGUUUGUACCUUCAGAACCUCCUCCACCCCAAAUGCAUCAGACACAUGCUGCGCUGAAUGAGAGCGCCGAAGAGAAGCAGUUCCGCAGGGUCUUCGAGCAGCUGGCUGGGGAGGUGUGUACCACCUGUAAAUGUUAUGUCUUGUUCCUCCAAAUGAAACUUUUUUGUCACAUCUGCAUGACAGUAAAAAAUAUACUACAACAUUUUAGUAAUAAUAGCAGUAGAACAAAUCUUUCAAUUGUGUGCAAGUUUUCCAUUCACUCCAACAACCAGGGUGACAGCACUGGGAAGUUGGGAUUCCAUGAGUUCAAGUAUUUAUGGAACAACAUCAAGAGGUGGCAGGGGUUUUACAAGACGUAUGAUGCAGACCAUUCAGGUGUCAUUGGUGCCGAUGAGUUGCCCAAAGCUUUCAGAGCUGCAGGCUUCCCUCUCAACGAUCAGCUGUUCCAGAUGAUCGUUCGCCGGUAUUCUGACGAAAAUGGGAACAUGGAUUUUGAUAAUUACAUUGGCUGCCUGGUCAGGCUGGACGCCAUGUGCCGUGCUUUCAAGACCCUUGACAAGGACAACAAUGGAACUAUUAAUGUCAACAUUCAGGAGUGGUUGCAAUUAACCAUGUACUCCUGAAACAUGAAGAUAUGAAACUACAGUCACCCCUUACAGUCACGUUGGCGAGGGUUAGGGGGGAGGAAGAUCCCCUCAAAUGUGCAAAUUCGCGAGUAAUACUUGAUUACGUUAUUAAAAAUGUAAAAUUAACGGAACUGAAAAGUUACUAUGAGAAACGUGAUUUUCCACGGUCACAGAGAGAGAGAGCUAGAACAUAAAUGAGGCUGAUUGCUGAGACAACAAUGGAGGGCGUGUCCAAGCCAAGAUAUUAUUUUUUUUUUACCAAACAUAACUUUUACUAUUAAAGUAUUCACUUACGCUAAGACAUAUUAUGCAUUACUAAUAUCUGUAUUUUAUAUGAUUUUAUGUGAUCCAACUCAUUUUUAACAUUCCUAUAUUUUUGGCUUACACGUUGUCCAAAAACAUUCCCAUUUAAUUGCUCACGGCAAACUCGCAAAUCACGGAAUCUGCUAAUGUCAAAUUCACGAAUGUGGGGGGGGGCGAUUGUACUUCUUCUUUGUUUCCUAGACUUCACUAAUUUGCUCCCUUGUAUAUGUACUAUGCUUGUGUCCUCUGCAUGAGCUUUUUCAUAGAGAUUACAGAGCUUUUAAGGCAUAAACUAAUUAAAACAUUGGUCUUUUGUGCCUUGAAAUUCCAUUUCUGUGAUAUGUAUAAACAGAGCAUAGGUGCAUUACCUAUUAUGUGCAAACUCUGGUUGCAGUAUACAAUACAAUCACUAGAUGGCAUACUAGUAACAUGCCAAGCAAGAACCUGGACAAGAUGUUAGUCUUUCUUUUCUUCAGUCUGUCUCUUUGUGACGGUGCAUUAUUAAAAAAAAUCUCAAUAAAAGAAUGAUUAUCACUUGA